CGGCCCGAGGUGUGAAGGGAGCGGUGGCGGGUCCUGGCUCCUCCUCCUCCUCCUCCGCCGCCGCCGCCGCCUCCCAACCCUCUUAUUUGAGCCUGGGGCAGGCCAGGGGCCGGCAGGCAGGCGGGCAGCGGGGGAAGGACCUCCGGGGCCCGCGGCCUCCCCCACCCCACGCCCUUCCUCCUGGUCCUCCUGGUCCUCCUGGUCCUCCCGGUCCUCCUGGUCCUCCUGGUCCUCCUCGUCCUCCGCGACCCUGGACUUCGUGCUGCCGCCGCCGCCGGAGCCGGGCCCCGCCUGCGCCCCGGGGUCCGCCUGGAGCAAGGUGGCCCCGGCCGGGCCGGCGGCUGCGGGCCGGCGGGGCCGGGGGGCCGGCGGCGGCGGGGAGCAGCCGCCCAUGGGCUCCGACGUGCGGGACCUCAACGCGCUGCUGCCCGCCGGGCCGGCCCUGGGCGGGGGGCCCGUGUGCGGGGGCCCGGCGGGCGGCGGGGGCGGCGGGGGCUGCGCCCUGACCAUGGGCGGCGCGGGCCAGUGGGCCCCGGUGCUGGACUUCGCGGGCCCCGGCGCCCCGGCCUACGGGCCCCUGGGGACCCCGGCGCCCCCGGCGGGACCGGCCGCCGCCCCGCCGCCCCCGCCGCCCCCGCCGCCCCCGCCGCCCCACUCCUUCAUCAAGCAGGAGCCGAGCUGGGGCGGCGCCGAGCCGCACGAGGAGCAGUGCCUGAGCGCCUUCACCGUCCACUUCUCCGGCCAGUUCACCGGCACGGCCGGGGCCUGCCGCUACGGUCCCUUCGGGCCGCCCCCGCCCAGCCAGCCGCCCGCCGCCCAGCCCAGGAUGUUCCCCAGCGCGCCCUACCUGCCCAGCUGCCUGGACAGUCCUCCCGCCCUGCGCAACCAAGGCUACAGCACGGUCACCUUUGACGGGACGCCCAGCUACGGACACACUCCCUCGCACCACGCCGCGCAGUUUCCCAACCACUCUUUCAAACACGAGGACCCCAUCGGGCAGCAGGGAUCGCUAGGUGAGCAGCAGUACUCGGUGCCUCCCCCGGUAUACGGCUGCCACACGCCCACGGACAGUUGCACAGGUAGCCAGGCUCUGCUGCUCAGGACUCCUUACAACAGUGACAAUUUAUAUCAAAUGACCUCCCAGCUUGAAUGCAUGACAUGGAACCAAAUGAACUUGGGAGCCACAUUGAAAGGCCAUGCGACAGGAUACGACAACGAUAGCCACACAGCCCCCAUGCUCUAUGGGGCCCAGUAUAGAAUACACACACAUGGGGUCUUCAGGGGAAUACAAGAUGUCCGACGGGUGCCAGGAGUAGCCCCAACCAUCGUCCGGUCAGCUACAGAGACAAACGAGAAGCGUCCUUUCAUGUGUGCAUACCCUGGCUGCAACAAGCGCUACUUUAAAUUAUCCCACCUACAGAUGCACAGCAGGAAGCACACCGGUGAGAAGCCGUACCAGUGCGAUUUCAAAGAUUGCGAACGAAGGUUCUCUCGUUCAGAUCAACUCAAAAGACAUCAAAGAAGACACACAGGGGUAAAACCAUUCCAGUGCAAAACCUGCCAGAGAAAGUUCUCACGGUCUGAUCACCUGAAAACCCACACCAGGACUCAUACAGGUAAAACAAGUGAAAAGCCUUUCAGCUGUCGGUGGCCCAGCUGUCAGAAAAAGUUUGCCCGGUCAGACGAAUUAGUCCGUCAUCACAACAUGCACCAGAGGAACAUGACUAAACUCCAGCUGGCGCUUUAAGGGUUAAACCCCUGGGACAGUUCAAUCCAGAUGGGCCAUUUUAUGAACUACUGCAGAGUCUGACUUUUUAACUCCUCCCGGGGCCACCUCUUUAGGAAGGAAGUGGCAGUCGUCGCUCACGUCUCGAGACAAGUUAACUAAGCCGUAGGAUCCUGUCCAGGUUGGCCACUAGCGCCUCUCCUUUGUUUGUUUACACUCAAGGGUCAAAUCCAUUUGUUGGUCAUUGGCGCGUCGCUGUAAAAGCUCACCCGGUUUGCAGUUUUGUUUUCCCUCCGAAAGAGUGGGUCGGUGCUGGCGAGGAGGGAUUUUUCUUUUCUCCUUCCCCCGUUGCAGCAUUGCCAGCCAUGGGUUAUAUAGGCCAGGACCCGGGUAUGUGCCUGCUAAUGUAAACCUUGUUACAGUUUCCACUUACUAACAGCAAGAAAUCAAUCAGACGAUAAGGCAUUUUUUUGUGUUUCAGGGUUGGAGGGGCUAGGUGGGUGUUUAGUUUCUCACUGGCUGUCCGUGAGGUCAGACCAACUCCUGCCAGAGAAAUAAGGUCUUCCCAUUGACUUUUUUAAAACUCUUUGUUUCAGAGCAGCUAAAAUGAAUACUAACCCAGUCUCCCUGCACAGAAGUCUUUCAAGCAACUCACUAGAUAAGUUAACCUGUUUUUCAUACAAUCAUAAAUCGGGUUUUGUGGAUUGGGGCUUGUUUUGAACCUUGUUGCAGCUUACUUUCCAGCGAUGUUAAAGUCUCCUGUUCAUCCGGAAAAAAGAAUCACAGAUGACAUUACGAUGCUAAAGCCACACUGGUUAUGUGGCUAAGAAGUUGUAAAAAUUAAAAUGGAGCUAAAAGCAGAGGGGGCUGGUUCAUGACCCCCAGGAACAGAUUGUUCUUAACGUAACUUAAAGACUUUGGAUCUACAAGUGUAUGUGAAAAGAAGACAUUAAUAGUGUGAGGAAAUAUAUUGUUUGGGAGUUUCGUGGGGGGAAGGGAGUUUAUUAUUGCUUGAAAUGAUCGUGUAUAUAUAUAUAUCUGGUAAUGUAUUGCUCUUAGACAACUGAAAUAGAAAGUGUAUAAAUAUUAGAUGCAUCACUGUUCAGACGUGGCUGUUGCAAAAUAUUAAUGACGAUAACACUAAGACUGUAAUCUGCAUUUUUCACUGUGCUCUCGAUUAAAACAGUUCAAAAGGAAACAA